UUCUUAUUUGUUUUUGAAUUGGCGCCCAAAUCUCCCCCCACCGUCAAACGGGAAAAGAAAGCCCUAGCUCGAUCGCAGGCUUUUGCUCGAACUGACGUACGAACGAAACCCACGCAAUUCUUCACCUGUUCACCUUCACGACUGACGUACCCACACAAUUCUUGCUGAUCGCUACUUCACCUCGAACCGACGAAGGCACGAACCCAAAUUAGAAUGAGUGUUUAUUGGCUUGAGUGCUUGACGAAGUUAGCUUGAAGAAGCCAGCAAGCCAGGCUAUUAUAAAUAUAAGCUCAAAUGGAUUCUCAGAAUGAAUGGAACAAUAAAAAUAACAGAAAGCUAGAAGUAUCCAAUGCUGCAGAAAAACAGAAAAUUAAAGACAUGUGGAUUGUUUUGCCCAAGGAGGAAAAUGAAACAUAUGGGCAGACAAAUGGACCAAGGACUAGAAUUCAGUGCUCAGACACUGAAUUUGUAAACACUUGGAAAGAAUUAGGGGAAGACAGGUGUACAAUUUUGAGAACCAAUUUGAAAGAUAGCCCAUUUCAGAGUCUUUUGGAGCUGGAUGGUGGGGUGAGAAACAGUGAUCUUAUACUCGAUCUAGUAUCCAUCUUCAAUGUCUCUAACAAGAGUCUAAAUAUCAAUGGUCAUGACUAUAGAGUCACACCUGAAGAAUUUACCAACAUCAUGGGAAUUAAAGAUGGUGUGGAAGAGAUUGAUUUGAAAAAUCAUCCUUCAAAAGAGUUAAACACAUUGUUUGCAGAUAGUAAUCCCUGUCAGUUUACAGUAUCCAAUAAAAAAAUUGCAGUACAUCUUAAAAGCAAUGACAUGAACAUUGCUACAAAAGCUUAUGCUCUGUUAUCCUUGCUUCGUAUUGUCUGUGCACCAGGAAGGGGUAGCUUAAAUGGGAAGUAUUUAAAUAACAUUGAUGAUAUGAAUCACAAGAGGUGGGCAACACAUGCCAUUGAAACUCUGGUGCAGAGCAUCGCUUCUUUUCAGAAUGGAAAAGGAUUGAAACAAAAAUAUCUAGGUGGAUGUGUUUUGUUUCUACAGUUAUUUUAUAUGAACAAAGCAAGUAUGAAUCCGAAAAAAGAUGUCCCCCUUCUUCAAUAUUUCAAGAAAAACGUUGUUGAUACGUUUUUGAAGGAACAUAAAAAGUGUACAGCAGGGUUGCUGUUCACUGUAGGCAAAAGAGUCGAAGUGCGUAUUAAGGUAGGAAAUCUGAAGGUUUGGUUCCCUGCAACUGUUGUAGGAAACUUGGGCAACACUUCUUUUCUGGUUGAGCAUCAGCAGCCAGGAAUUGGUGAUGAAGCAACUUGUCAUAAAGUUACUGUAGAUUACCAAUACAUCCGACCCUCACCACCUCAUCUCAGCCUCAAGGAUAUGGAUUUUGUUUUGCUGGAAAAGGUGGAUGCUUACUAUGAUUUUGGUUGGUGGAGGGGAGUAGUUACCAAAAAACUUGCUGAUAAUAGGUACAACGUGUUCUUUAAACACACAAAAAGAGAGAUAGAAUUUGAUUGCUCAAGUGUAAGGCCACGUAUGAAGUGGAAACGCGGAAAAUGGUUCACUACUUUCCAGGGACCGGGUGAAUGUAAUUCUGUGAAGGGUGAAACAGAUGGGAGAACAACUCAGUCCAAACAGCUUGAGCAGACAACCCCUAAACAAUCUACCACUGCAACCUCAUUACCAAAGAGAACAAAUCAGACAGAUCUUGACAGCAAUGAUAAGAAUUCACUGCCUUCCAGGAGACUGGAAAAUGAAAUUAGGUCUGAUGAUCCAAGUUUAUUAAGUCAAAAUACAAAUGGCCAAUCUGAGGGGUUGGAUACAGAAUGUAGUAUACGAGGAAAAGGUGUUGAACUGAAAACUCCAACAAUGGAUUCUUCAAGAAAGAAGGGGAGAUUGGAAACCGAGCUUAUAGGCGAAGGAGCUGAAGACAAUCCAGCCAAAACAAGAAUCCAAGAAAAUGUGGAAAAAUAUGUCACCCAAUGUAAUGGGAUGACAGUCUCACAAGAGAAGAAACUUAAGCAGCUGAUCAAUGUUGCAGAAGGUGAGACAAAACAAGCAUCUCCAUGUGUUGGGUUUGCACCAUUGACAGUGGUUGAUAAGGAGGGAAAGGAAGGGGAAGAGGAAGCUGAAAUUGUUUCUCCAACUCCAACUCCAAAAAGGAAGAGGGGCAGACCACCUAAAUUACAAGCCAUAAGUCCCGUGACUCCAGUUUCAGCAGCAGCAGGAGUUGCAGUUGCAGUUAACGAUCAUGAUCAUGAGAAUAACGAGAAUGUAAAAGUACAAGCACAUCGACAGGAGGGAAAAGUGUAUUCGUCCAUGAGAGGGAAAGGAGGAAAGCGACGGGUAAUCAGUAUAGACUCUGAAUCUCCUCCGAGUGGAGGAACCAAGGGAGAAGAAGGCUUAGGUUUUGGUGAUAAUCUGCCCUUUAAGAUAAGCAGCCCUACACUGUGGAAGACAAUAGAAUCGAUGGAUGUGUUGCGUAAGAUUCCACAGAAACCACAUUUCCGAGCAUUGGAAGGCGUGAAGGAGAGCGAGCGGGAAGGAGUGGCCAUUGGUAGCAUGGUGACAUUUUCCAGGGUGGUUGACAAGACUUGUGCGCUGAGGUUUGAGGAUCCGAGAAGCGCGAUAGAGGAGUGUUUGGAAACGGUGGCGGAACUGGAACUUCAUGGGUUUCAGGUGGAGCUGGUAAGAGAGCGGUUGACACAGCUGCUUCUCAUAAAGGAGAAGCAGGAGGAGGAGGAUCUCCAACAACAACGUUUGAAAGGGAUCACACAGAAAAUGGAGGAGGCGCAGAUGGAAGGAAACAGACUGGAUUCAGAGAUUGAUGAAAUUGAUAGGGGGAUAAGAGACUUGGAGAAGAGACGCAGGCGGCUGCUGUCCAACAAGGAAAAACAUGACUCACAGAUGGGUCUUAUUAAGGCCGUAGGGGACAGGCUUCACAAACACCUCACUGAAGUUGGACUGGAUUUUCAUUGCUUGGCAGCUGCCCCCUUUCUUCCAUCUGGUAUCAUUAUGAAUGAUUGA